AUGUCAGCGUCGGCAUCGUCAAGACUGGAUCAACCAGACCACAGUCACAUGCCACGGAGGUUUGCACCUCUAAAUCCCGACCUCGGGAACAAGCAUGGCGCGCCGAAACUACGAGGUAUCGUCUUCGAUGUCGAUGGAACGUUAUGUCUCCCGCAGAACCACAUGUUCAAAGCCAUGCGGCAAGCUCUAGAUAUACCCAAAUCAACCGACAUCCUUGAUCACAUCAAGUCUCUCGCCUCCGACCCACCAGCUCAACAGCGCGCUAUCACAGCCGUCAAGGACAUCGAGCGCGAUGCCAUGACCGAGCAGACACCUCAACCUGGCCUGGAAGAACUGAUGACCUACCUCGACAAGCGGAGAGUUCCCAAAGCGCUCUGCACACGGAACUUCCUCGACCCAGUCCGACAUCUCCUCGAGACGUUCCUGCCAGACAUAAAAUUUGAGCCAAUCAUCACACGAGAGACUGAAGGCGUGCGGCCGAAACCCAGUCCAGAGGGGAUAUGGGUCUGUGCAAGGACUUGGGGGCUGGGUGGGGCGGAUGGUGUGAGGGAAGAAGAUGUGCUUGAGCGGGCGAAGAUGGAGUUGGGUGGUGGGCUCAUUAUGGUGGGAGACAGUAUUGACGAUCUAGUCGCUGGUAGGAGAGCGGGUGCGGCAACGGUGCUGUUGGUGAACGAGGAGAAUGGGCAUUUGAGGCAAAGGGAGGAGUGUGAUUUGGGGGUGGGGAGGUUAGAUGAGUUGGUGGAUGUGCUUGAGAAGGGCUUUGAAUGGCGGUGA